CUCGGGCCGUCGGGCGCGGGCAAGUCGACGCUGCUCGAUUUUCUCGCCGGCCGGACCCCGCGCGGGCAGGUGGCGCACGGGACCGUCAGGCUCGACGGCGAGGUGGUAUCCGCGCGGGAGGUGCGACACGCGAGCGGGUACGUGCAGCAGACGGACGUGCUGCCCGGCACGUCGACGGUGUGGGAGCACCUGAUGUUCAACGCCGCGCUGCGAUUGCCGCCGGAUACGGCUAGGAGCGAGAUGUACAGGGUGGUGGCGGGGUGGAUGCGGGAGUUGGGGCUGGUGAAGGUGGCGGAGAGUCUCAUCGGAGACGAGUUCACCCGCGGGCUCAGCGGGGGCGAGAAACGCAGGGUCUCCAUCGCCACCGAGCUGCUCACCAGCCCGGGGAUCAUGUUCCUGGACGAGCCCACCACCGGGCUGGACAGCACCAACGCGGCGAAGGUGGUGGACAUCCUCAGCGGAUUGUCGCGCGCGGGCGUCACCGUGCUGCUCAGCAUCCAUCAACCCCGGCCGGACAUAUUCAGGCUACUCGACCGCGUGCUGGUGUUGUCCGGACAGGGUGCGGUGGUGUACGGUGGCCCGAGCCACCGAGCGGAGUCGCACUUCGCGGCGAUGCCGUACGCCGCGGCUCCCGACAGGACGCUGCACAUAGCCGACUUCAUGCUCGACACCGUCCUGCGCGCGUCCGACGAGGACGUUCGGCGGAUGAUCGACGAUUACAGACGCUCGGAUAUCCUUCGCGACGACGAGGAACGCGUGGCGAGUCUCGUUCGCGAGGCGGAGGAGCGAGCGACGAACGAGCGGGGGCGCGGGUCUCGGGAACGAUACCACGCGCCGUUUUGGAGGCAGAUGCGGCUGCUGUGCGGGAGGCUGCUGCGAAACAUGUAUCGGCACCCGUUCCUGCUCACCGUGCACUUCACCGCCGCGUUUGUUGUGGCGCUCGGGGUUGGCGCGGUGUUUUGGCAGGUUGGGAGCAACCAGGGCGGGAUCCAGAACCGCAUGGGCGGCCUCUUCUUCGUCUUGCUCUACCUCACGCUGAUGUCGCUGUCGAGCCUGCCGGUGUGGCGCGAGGACAGGCUCCUGUUCCUCAGGGAGCGCGCCAACGGCGUGUACGGCGUCAACGCGUAUUUCGCGUCCAUGCUGCUCUUCGACCUGCUGCCCAUGCGGGUCCUCCCGCCGUUCUUCUUCGGCCUGAUGACCUACCAGAUGGUGGGGCUCAACGAGGGCACGGAGUACUGCCUCGCGUGGUUCGUUGCCACGCUGAUCGCCACCAACGUGUGCGCGAGCUGCAUGUGCAUGGCCGUCGGCGCCGCGGCGCGCUCCGUCGCGGCGGCAAACGUGAUUGCUUCGCUGUGCUUCCUCGCCGCCAUCCUGUUCGGCGGCUUCUUGCUCAACAAGGACCAGAUACCCGCGUACGCGUCGUGGGUGAAUAACCUGUCGUUCAUCAACUACGGCUACGAGGCUCUAGUGGCGAACGAGUUCGCGGAC